CUGGAGCAGGGGCCUAUUGUGCUGGGUGCUGCAUAAGCCCAAAACAUCUCGCUGGUCCCGGCCCCCGAGAGCUCCCAGGCUGUGCAGCCCCGGCUCCAUCACGCCGUUGUGGGGGCUUCUCGGGGGACUCCAGACAAGUUCAUCCCAGUAGGCACGUGGUCAAACCACAGGCCGCGUCGCAUUCGGGGGUGGCCGCGGCAGAGCCUCGAAGAAGCAGGACGCUUGCUGCAGCUUCACAAUGACAGAGAUGCCUCCCCCAAACCAGACCUUCAGCCCCUGGGCGGCCGAGCCCCCGGUCACCACCGACUUCUACUACGGGGACGAGGAUGGGCUGUUCCCGGACGGGGGCAGCCCCCUGCCCGAGCUGUGCGAGAAGGGGCCCGUGCAGGACUUUGCCCGCACCUACCAGCCGGCCGCCUACCUGCUGCUGUCGCUGCUGGGCGUGGCGGGGAACGGGCUGGUGCUGCUCACCCACGCCCGCUACCGCCAGGCCCGCUCCGUGACCGACGUCUGCCUGCUGCACCUGGCCGUGGCCGACCUGCUGCUGCUGCUGACCUCGCUGCCCUUUGCCGUGGCGGGCGCGCUGCAGGGCUGGCUGCUGGGCACCAGCGCCUGCCAGACCCUGCAGGGCUUCUACGCCCUCAACUUCUACAGCGGCUUCCUCUUCCUGACCUGCAUCAGCGUGGACCGCUACAUGACCAUCGUCCGGGCGCAAGUUGCCUGCCGCCUGCGCCCCCGGGCCCGCUGCCACGGCUGGCUCGCCGCCGGGCUGGCCUGGCUGCUCUCCACCCUGCUGGCCCUGCCCCAGUUCGUGUACGGCCAGGCCAAGCGGCACCAGGGCCGCGAGCUCUGCAGGGUGCUCUUCCCUGCCAGCAUUUCCAAGGCAGCCCGGGGAGCCACCAACCUGGCCCAGGUCAUCCUGGGCUUCGUGCUGCCCUUCCUGGUCAUGGCCUCCUGCUACACGGCCGUGGCCCGCACCCUGCUGGCUGCCCGCAGCUUCCAGCGGCACAAGGCCCUACGCGUCAUCCUGGCCCUGGUGCUUGUCUUUGUGGCCCUCCAGCUGCCCUACAGCCUGGUGGUGCUGCUGGACACGGCCGACAUGCUGGGCAGCCGGGAGAUGAGCUGUGCCCAGAGCCGCCGCAAGGACCUGGCUCUGGUGGUGACCAACGGCCUGGCCUUCGCCCGCUGCUGCCUCAACCCCGUGCUCUACGCCUUCGUGGGCGUGCGCUUCCGGAAGGAGCUAUGGCUCCUGGCCAGCGAUGCUGGCUGUGUGGGCCGGGCACGGGAUGGGCAGCGCCCCAGCUCCAGGCGCCGGGCAUCACUCUCCACCUGCCUGGAGAUGGUGUAGGGGGCGGUGCUGAGCGGGCUGGCCCAGGGCUCAGCCCUCUGCCCUGCCAGCCGGGAGGCCAGGGCUCCCCUCCCCGGCUGGCAGGGGGCAACUGGGGCAGGCUCAUGGGAGGAGGCAGGGUCAUGUUGUUACAGCACCCUCCUCUGGCCACUCCAGGGGCACUGUUCACUGGCUGG